AUGUGCGGAUAUAGAGGACCUAUAUAUAUGACACAUCCAACAAAAGCUAUUUGCCCGAUUCUACUCGAAGAUUACCGAAAAAUCACUGUAGAAAGAAAAGGUGACACGAAUUUUUUCACAUCACAAAUGAUUAAAAAUUGUAUGAAGAAAGUCACUGCUGUCAACCUUCACCAAACUAUCAAAGUUAAUAAUGACGAUUAUCUGGAAAUUAAAGCGUAUUAUGCUGGUCACGUUUUAGGCGCAGCAAUGUUUUACGUACGAGUUGGUACACAAUCUGUUGUUUAUACAGGAGAUUAUAACAUGACACCAGAUCGACAUCUUGGUGCGGCAUGGAUUGAUAAAGUUCAACCAGACCUUUUAAUAACAGAAUCUACAUAUGCUACAACUAUUCGUGAUUCUAAAAGAUCACGUGAAAGAGAUUUUUUAAAAAAAGUUCAUGACCGCGUCUCACAAGGUGGAAAGGUUCUCAUACCCGUUUUUGCUUUAGGCAGAGCACAAGAGCUUUGUAUAUUAAUAGAAACAUAUUGGGAGAGAAAUAAUCUUAAUGUUCCAGUUUAUUUUUCAGCUGGCAUGACAGAAAAAGCAAAUGAUUAUUAUAAACUGUUUAUUAAUUGGACAAAUGAAAAAAUAAAAAACACAUUUGUCAAUCGUAACAUGUUUGACUUUAAACAUAUAAAACCUUGGGACAGACAGUAUGUAGACUUGCCUGGAGCCGCAGUGUUAUUUGCAACACCAGGAAUGUUACAUAUUGGAACAUCUUUAGAAGUUUUUAAAAAAUGGGCACCAUUCCCUGAAAAUAUGGUCAUAAUGCCAGGAUUUUGUGUUGCAGGUACAGUAGGAGCCAAAGUUCUUAAUGGGGAUAAAGAAGUACAAGUUGAUGCAUAUAAUAAAGUUCAUGUCAACUUGCAAGUAAAGAAUUUGUCAUUUAGCGCACACGCAGAUGCUAAAGGGAUAAUGCAAUUAAUCAAGCAAUGUGCCCCGAAAAAUGUAAUGUUAGUGCACGGAGAAAAGGCAAAAAUGGAGUUUUUACAAGAUAAGAUUAAACGUGAAUGUAGAGUACCAUGUACAUGUCCAGCGAAUGGAGAGACAGUUACGAUAGAAACACCACUUUCUAUACCAGUUGAUAUAUCAAUGGAUUUAUUGAAACGGCACCUAAAUGCCAAAAAACUUUCAUUGCCACUUCCAGGAGAAAAAAUAGAUUUAACAAAGAUUACACCAGUAGACGAAAUACCUAUACAAGGUGUUUUGGUAAUGGAUGCAGAUCGAAUCCCACGAUUAAUAGAAGUUGAUGAGGCAAUUCGUGAAGCACGACAGCCUAUUCUUAAUAUAGAUUACAAGAUGUUCAAAACAUUUGAUCCGAAUUUAUUUCGAGACAAUAGUAUUGUUACGAAUUUAGAAGAAAUAGAUAUACGAGUUCAGGCAUUAGAACAAGUAUAUAAAGCAGUGAAUGAGGUAGUUAGUAAAACUAUACCAGGAAUUGAAUUGCAUAAGGGAGCUUUAGAAAUUAGAUUAAGAAGUGUCUCAGUUAGCGUGCCCGAAAAGAUUGAAGAUGAUUUAAAAAAUGCAUUGAAUAUUUCUUGGAAAUCUAAGGACCAAAAUUUAGCGGAUUUUUUAAUUUCGAUUAUCGAUGAUAUUCUUCCUGACAUACCUGAUCCAUGA